UAUUGGGAGUUAAGAGGCGGCUCCGCGGCGUCGCCGGCUCAGAAGUGAGCGGGCAGCAAGGCGGCGCGGCGCGGCUCCGCUCCCUGCGCCCGCCACGACUCCACUGCGGCGCCGGCACAGCGGCCCCCGGCAGCUCCCCGCAGGGGCGGAUUUUACACGCGGCGUUGCAGCCCCCGGUGCCGCCUGCGUGUGCUGCUGAUCCUGCGUGCGUGCAUGCUUCUCGGUGCGCGUGUUGGCACUGUGCUCGCCGGUCGGAAGAGGAAGAGAAUCUUUCUCCCUAUUUAUUUUUUUUCCCGAAGGACUCCGUAUUGUUUCGACUUGGAUUCUCUGCCGGCUGUUUAUUUCGGGAAGUGCCCGUCGGUCUCUGCUACGGCGCGAAGCGGCGUCGGCGGAGGAAGGAGCGAGCCGCGCCGCCCGCAGCCGCUCGGAAGGUCUCCCGGCCCGCCCGCCGCGAUUCCGGCUGGGCGCGGAGCCUGACCGCUGCUCCCCGCCCGCCCGGCUUCUGACUGAGCAGCUCGCCCGGUGGACGCCCUAAAUUUCGUUGCGGGGGAUUUUUCGUGUUCCCUCUCCGGAAGAUGUUACUCUCCAAGUUCGGCUCGCUGGCUCACAUUUGCAGCCCCACCAGCAUGGAUCACUUGCCGGUGAAGAUCCUGCAGCCAGUGAAAGUGGAGAAGGAGCCUUUCGAUAAAGUCUACCAAGUGGGCUCCGUGCUGGGCAGCGGGGGCUUCGGCACCGUGUACGCGGGCAGCAGGAUCGCCGACGGCUUGCCGGUCGCCGUGAAGCAUGUGGUGAAGGAGAGAGUGACCGAGUGGGGCACGAUUGGCGGCGUCAUGGUGCCCUUGGAGAUUGUCCUCCUGAAGAAGGUGGGCUCCGGCUUCAGGGGGGUCAUCAAGCUGCUGGACUGGUACGAGCGGCCCGACGGCUACCUCAUCAUCAUGGAGCGGCCGGAACUGGUGAAGGACCUCUUCGACUUCAUCACGGAGAAGGGUGCGCUCGACGAGGACACGGCCCGCGGCUUCUUCCGACAGGUCCUGGAGUCGGUGCGCCACUGCUACGGCUGCGGUGUGGUGCACCGGGACAUUAAGGACGAGAACCUGCUGGUUGACCUCAGGACCGGCGAGCUGAAGCUAAUCGACUUCGGGUCAGGGGCCCUCCUCAAGGACACAGUCUAUACUGACUUUGAUGGAACGAGAGUAUACAGCCCUCCAGAGUGGAUCAGAUACCAUAGAUACCAUGGGAGGUCAGCAACAGUGUGGUCUCUGGGAGUUCUGCUGUAUGAUAUGGUUUGCGGAGAUAUUCCUUUUGAACAGGAUGAAGAAAUCUUGAGGGGGCGGUUAUAUUUCAGGAGAAGAAUUUCACCUGAAUGUCAACAGCUGAUCAAAUGGUGCCUUUCAUUGAGGCCUUCAGACAGACCAACACUUGAGCAAAUUUUUGACCAUCAAUGGAUGCACAAAUCUGAAGUAGUGAAGUCUGAGGACUGUGACAUAAGGCUACGGACCCUUGAUACUGAUGUAUCUAGCACAAGUUCAAGUAAUGAGAGUCUGUGAAUUACUAAGGACCUCGCACUGGGAGGGGAGCUACAAGCAGAAAGACCACAGUGCUGCUGCCAAUACGUAGGAGGGGCUAGAAAAAUGCAUUCAUUAUUCUGUAGUUGAAUCUUUGUCUGAGGGACUUGAUUUUAUUUUCCCCUUUUGCUGGUUUCUGCUUUGGAAUGAGAGAUUUCCUUUGGAAACGCUGAUAUUUGGGAGUUGCAGGCCAGUACUUAGUCAAAGACUGACCUUAUUAAGAAAGCAGUGACCUCUUGAAUACAUGGUAAACUUUUUUGCUCUCAUAGAGCCUGGACUAGAUUUUAUUUGCUUUUGAGUGCCUUUUUGAAAGCUGCUUCAGUGGGACUUUCUUUUUUGAGCUGUGUAUGUCCAAAGAAGAUCCAGUUCAUUAUAGGAAUUUGCUUCCUUCAGACUCAGUGCUGAAGGAAGCAGCUCCUAUGAUGCAUUGGAGACCAUGUUCGGUGAUUGAAUGAAGUAGUCCCAUCCACUGGUGAUGGAAUACUUGAACACAGACAUUUCACUCCUGCCCCCUCUGCCCUUUCCAAAUCCAACCCACCUCUGCUGCUCAAAAUAUUUCCUAUAGCCUGCACAGAAAUAUGAACAGGUAUAUCAGCUUUUUUUUUAAUCAGAAACAUUUAUUCAUGUUUCCUUUUAUCAUCUCUACCACUGGGCAUGAGAAGCCCCUUUCUCAACUCCCCUCAGCCUUUUGUCACCCUGCGAGUCUUAAAGUAUGUAUGGGCAUGUUGAAUGCACAAUCAAUGCAAUAUUCAAGGACUUUACUUUUUUUCCAUACCUGUAUAAUGUGUUUAUGUAAACUUGGUUUUCCCAUGUACUAUACAGUUAUUUAUUGUUUGAAGUUUAGAAGACCUCCCACAGGUUUCAGCUGUGGCUAUUUAUUUGGUUAAUUUAUUUGGUUAGAGUUAUUCAACACUGUGCUUUCCCCCCUCCUCCUCCCCAUGGGAAUUCUAGUGGUUUGCCCAUGGCACUUCUUUUCUGCAUUCCUGUCAACUUUUGUUUGAAAAAAGACGACAAAAAAAAAUCUGACCUUAUCAAUUUUUUUGGAAGACAGAAAAUUGUUGUACAAAGUCUAAUUUAAGGGAAAUAGAAUGACUUUUUAAAGUUAGUCAGUAUGCCUUUUGUCUGGUAUUAUUUUACCAGAAAUGUAAAGUAAUGCUGUUUGGAAGGGUUUUAAAUUAUUGACAUUGUACAGUCUCCGUGCAUUGGCUCUGGAAGGUAGAGUGGCAGAGUCAUAAACCUUAAUUUAUUUUAAUAGCUGUGUUUCUGUGAUCUGGUUGCAUUUAUGCAGCUUGGAUUUGGAUUUUUUCUUCUGUUUAACAGUGUGAAAUGUAUGGAGAUCAUAUUUUUUUAUACAGGUAUUUCAAUUAAACUUUUUUGUAUAUAACA